AUGUGGUUUACAAUGCCUCUCCUUGAUGUGGUUUACAAUGCCUCCAACAAUGAGCUUCUGCGUACUCAGACCCUUGUGAAGAGUGCCAUUGUUCAGGUUGAUGCCGCACCUUUCAAGCAUGGUACCUUCAACACUAUGGUGUUGAAAUUGGAAGGAAAAAGAAAACUGCUGGCAAGAAAGACUCUGAGGAGGCUGAAGCUGUUACAGAGGAAGUUAAAAAGAGUAGCCAUGUUCAGAGGAAAUUAG